GUGUGUGUGUGUGUGUGUGUGUGUGUGUGUGUGUGUGUGUGUGUGUGUGUGUGUGUGUGUGUGUGUGUGUGUGUGUGUGUGUGUGUGUGUGUGUGUGUGUGUGUGACAGCCACUCUGAGCCGACUGUCCUCCACUCCAGCUGGUGGAUGAUGGUGGGACGCCCAGUGGUGUUACUGUAGGCCGGGUGUUGUUGUGUUGUUGUAGGCCGGGUGUUGUUGUGAGUGUGCCAGCGCUGACCUUCACGGGACAUCCUCCUCAUCAUCAUCUGCAUGGAAACAUGGACGCCUUCGCUGCAGGAGACUCUUUGACUCAACAUGUCCAGCAACUAUGAGCAGGGUGGUGGUCCCGCACCUUCAGUAGGGAUGUUGGCGGCGGUGGAGCACGGUCCCAUCCUGUGCAGCGACUCCAACAUCCUGUGCCUGUCAUGGAAGGGCCGCGUGCCCAAGAGCGAGAAGGACAAGCCGGUGUGCCGCCGGCGUUACUACGAGGAGGGCUGGCUGGCCAGCGGUAACGGGAGAGGCGUGGUGGGCGUGACCUUCACCUCCAGCCACUGCAGGAGAGACCGGGGAACGCCGCAGAGGAUCAACUUCAACCUGCGAGGCCACAACAGCGAGGUGGUGCUGGUGCGCUGGAACGAACCUUUCCAGAAGCUGGCCACGUGUGACAUGGAGGGAGGAAUCUUUGUGUGGAUCCAGUACGAGGGAAGGUGGUCUGUGGAGCUGGUCAACGACAGAGGGGCUCAGGUGAGUGACUUCACUUGGUCCCACGACGGCACUCAGGCGCUCAUCGCCUACAGGGACGGCUUCGUGCUGGUGGGCUCGGUCAGCGGGCAGCGCCAUUGGUCCUCGGAGAUCAACCUGGAGAGUCAGAUCACCUGCGGCAUCUGGACGCCCGACGACCAGCAGGUGCUGUUCGGCACGGCGGACGGCCAGGUGAUCGUGAUGGACUGUCACGGCCGCAUGCUGGCCCACGUGCUGCUGCACGAGUCCGACGGGAUCGUGGGGAUGUCCUGGAACUGCCCCGACUUCCUGGUGGAGGACAGCACGGAGAGCGACGCCGACUCUGACGACAGCUUCCUGCCUUUAGUGCGGCGGGUCAAGCCUUUGCUGACGGUCACCUUCAUCUCGGGACAGAUCAGCCUGAUGAACAACUACGACGACUUGUCUCCGGCGGUCAUCCGCUCGGGUUUGAAAGACGCAGAGGCCCGAUGGUGCUCUCAGGGAGACCUGCUGGCCGUGGCCGGCAUGGAGAGACACGGACUGACCACCGACUCCGCCGCCUUGACCAGGAACGCCCUGGUCAAGUUCUACAACGUCCAAGGAGAACACAUCUACACUUUGGAGACGCCCGCGCAGAGGCCGAUCACGACUAUCUGCUGGGGCCACCGCGACUCCCGCCUCUUCCUGGCGUGCGGGCCGGCGCUGUACGUGGUGCGCGUGGAGCACCGCGUGGCCAGCCUGCAGCUGCUCUGCCAGCAGGGCAUCGCCAGCGCCCUGCGCGAGGAGAAGGACGUGGGCAAGCUGAACAUGCCUUCGCUGCUCUGCUCCUACGUCACCACCGCCUUCAUCCCCACCAUCAAGCCCCCCAUUCCCGACCCCAACAACAUCCGCGACUUUGUCAGCUACCCCACCACCGGGAACGAGCGUCUCCACUGCACCAUGAAGCGGGCGGAGGACAGCCCGGAGGCGGGGGGGCCCUGCUACACCCUCUACCUGGAGUACUUGGGAGGACUGGUGCCCAUCCUCAAAGGGAGGCGCAUCAGUAAAUUACGGCCCGAGUUUGUCAUCAUGGACCCCAAAACUGACAGCAAAGCAGAGGUGUGCGUGAAUCCGAUGGUUUCGUACGCCGACAGCUGCAACUGCUCCGACUCCAGCGACAUCGAGCUGAGCGACGAAUGGGUGGGCAAAAAGUCACCAAAGUUCUCCCGGGGAAACAGAAUGAACUUGGACUCAAGAAAAUCUCCUAAACUUUCACGCACUAACCAGGAAGGCCAGCGGUCACCACGGCUACCGACGAAAAGGCCUCCCGUUCGAUCCCCGAGCCUGACGCGCAGAGAGUUCUCCAUGGACGGACUCACAGAGCACAACUACCUCGCUCAAGUCACAUCCAACAUUUGGGGGACAAAGUUCAAAAUAGUCGGACUCGCCUCAUUCCUUCCCACCAAUCUUGGUGCAGUCAUCUACAAGACGAGUUUGCUUCAUUUGCAACCCAGGCAGAUGACGGUUUACCUGCCGGAGGUCCGCAAGAUAUCACUUGACUUCAUGAGCCUGCCUGUCUUCAACCCCAACGUCUUCAGCGAGGAUGAGGAUGACUUACCAGUGAUGGGCUCCUCUGGAGUGUCGGGAGACAAUCCGCCAUGCACCGUCAACAUUCCCAUCGCGCCCAUCCACAGCCCGGCUCAGGCAAUGUCGCCGACUCAGAGCAUUGGGCUCGUCCAGUCUCUUCUGGCCAAUCAGAACAUUCAGCUGGAUGUUCUCACCAACCCGACGACUAACGUGGCUGUAGCUGCGGCAGCUGCUGUUGCAGCAGUCCCUGUUCCUGACCGCAGCCAGGAUCAAGUUGCCGCACCGUACCCAGUUCCAGCCAGAUACUCAAACCCCGGGCAGGUGAUCUUCAACAGGCUAGACAUUGGUCCACUUCUUCCUGGUACGCUGCCUCCACCUCCACCGCCUCACCAUCUCCCGCCGCAGCCGCGGUCUCAGCAACCUCGACAACCGCCACCCAAGCAGCCGCAAUCGUCACAACCCCAGCAUCAGCCGCAGAAAAUGCACCAUCAUCAAGCCCAGCUCCAGCAGCUGCACCAGCAGCAGCCGCCGCAUCAGCAGCAGCACCAAAUCCAGCAGCACCAACAAAUGCAGCAAUCCCCACCGAAGGCGGCGAGCCACCAGAUCCAGCAGCAGCAGCAGCAGCAGCAGAUACAACAGCAGCAGCAGCAGAUGCAGCUUCAGCACGAGCAGAUGCAGCAGCAGCAGCAGCAAAUGCAGCAGCAGCAGCAGCAAAUCCGCCAGCAGAUCCAGGAGAUGAGGCAGCAGCAGCAGCAGCUCCAACAGCAGCAUCAGCAGAUCCAGCAGCAGCAUCAGCAGAUGCAGAGGCAGCACCAGCAGAUGCAGCAGCAGCUGAAGAUGCAGAUGACUCUGCCACCAGCCCCGUCCGGCUACCCGACCAUUUCUCUACAACAGAUUCAUCUCCUGCCUCCGAUUCCGCCUCCUCCCACCACAGAGCCUGGACAGGAUCGAGAACACGGGCACAUGCUGAAGCCCAGCCUGCCCCGGACUUUACCUCCUUCCUUCACUACCAGAAAUGGUUCCGUGGAGAUCCAAGUGAGGAAGGUGAACCCGCCUCCUCCAUACCCGGGCACGGUGGCAUCUGCUGCUGCUGCUGUAGCAGCUGCUGCAGCAGCAGCAGACGCAGCCCAAACGCUCAUCGCAAACUGUGACGGCGCGAGCAUUCUGGUGCAGGAGUCCUGCCUGAAGAAAGAGGACUUUCUGAUUCAGCCCAUGACCUUACAAUACCCGACCCCUCUGGGGUAUGAAAGGAUUACCACCUUCGACAGCAGCGGUAAUGUGGAAGAAGUUUGCCGCCCUCGAAGGCGCCUCAUGCGCAACCAAAACGCCUACGCGGCCCAUGGCUCGGCCACGUUAAAAGUGACCUCGUCUGAGAGUAAAAAGAUUAACCUUCCCUACAGCUCGGCAACACUGAGCCGGCUUUCAGUCCCUCGGUACUCCAUACCGAGCGGAGACCCGCCCCCGUAUCCAGAUCCGGCCAAUCAGGUAACUGCCACGCUUGCUCCUCCCCAGAGAAAUGAAAGCAGCCUGAUCCACGCCACUCUUCGCCGUGACCGCAGGGAUGUGAUGCUCAAAGUGCCCCCAAUGACGGACAGUUCGCGGACCCUCCCCACCAAAGCAAAGAUGAGCAGUGCAGUAGGUUUAACCUACCAACAGAGGGCGCCCACGGCCCUUUACACCUGCACACAGUGUAGCAGCAAUAGCAGCAGCACCAGCGUCAGUGUAAGUGGCGGCGGGACAUCAAGUAGCGGCAUUGCGGGCGGCACAGUAGUGAGGCAAGAUUUCCCGCCCGGUAAAGGCGCACACCACAGUACCAUUAUUGUGCACUCCAAAAGUGCCUCCCAGUCAUCUUACAGUCUGCUGGGCACCCUUGAUAGCAGCCGAGACAGAACCGUGUAUGUUAACUCUGCCUUCACUGAAGAUGAGAAUUCAAGUCAGCAUUGUCACCUCGACAAAUCAGUCCGACAGAUGACCCUUGGUGAUUUGACAGCGAAGCGCCCCCCACCUUACCAGUGGGACACCACAGCCACGGAUGAGUUCUGGCUCUCUCCAGAACAAACCAUGUUGGCUCCCCCGCAAGGACCCCACAAACCACCCUCUAUCAUCAUUGGCCAGGCGCAGCACUUGGAUGUGAGCCGACUCCCUUUCGUCCUCACGACCAAACCUCCGUCCAGUUCAAGCACAAGCACUUUGACAUUACCAUCAGGCUACCAGAUAUCCCUCUCUCCCUUCCCUGCAGGUAUGGGCCACAGUAGACCCCCACUUCAAACCUUACCGAACCCUCCAAAUGAAGUAAUUCUUCCGAUUCCAUUCGCUCAGCCAGACUCCAAUUUGGUUUUGUCGACAGGGUACUCUGCAAGUCUGGCUAACUUGGCGUGCUGCACUCUCCCCCCGAUGUACCCAGGAGCCAGCUCCUGUGCGGGGCUUCAGUUGCACCCUGUCAACCUGCACCCCUGGAACCCGUACCCUUGCCCGCCCCCCAUGCAAGACCCUCCUGCGCCUCCUCUCCCAACCAAAACUCAUCAGAUAUUAGAAAAGCCUAUUCUAUCUCCACCGCCUCCAACUGGACCACCUCCACCACCCCCUCAGCCUCCCCCGCCACCACCCACAGAGCUACCCCCCUCUAAAUGUGCCACAGAGGAUCUUGCAGAGUCUGCUAACAGCUUUCAAGAGCCAACGUCCUUAAACGCGAGCCCGCAGGAGUCAGACCGGUUCACUAAAAAAAGCCGGAAAAGACUGGACAGUCGAGCCGAGGAGGCCAACAUGUCUUCGGUCUCCGAAGGCAGGUCCAGAAAGGAAGGUCGCUCGCUGUCGGAUUUCAACUCUCUGAUUGCCAGCCCACGGCUCGGCAGCAGAGAGAAGAAGAAGCCCAAGGGCCCGAGAGAGCAGCUCAACAGGACCAAAAAAAUUAGCAGGGCAGCCAAUGAGUUCCAGGACAGCUCGGAGAGCGAGCCGGAGCUCUUCAUCAGCGGCGACGAGCUCAUGAACCAGAACCAAAGCAGCAAGAAGAGCUGGAAGAACAAGCGGAGCCUGCGGAUGGCCAGCGAGCUGGAAGAGAUCAAGUGCCGCAAAGCCAACGAGCGCGAGGACCGCAGUCUGGGCAGCCAAGGAUUUGUUUACGUCAUGGCCAACAAGCAGCCACUGUGGAACGAAGCCACCCAGGUCUACCAGCUGGACUUUGGAGGACGCGUCACUCAGGAGUCUGCAAAGAACUUCCAGAUUGAGCUGGACGGCCGACAGGUCAUGCAGUUUGGACGCAUCGAUGGCAACGCCUACAUUCUGGAUUUCCAGUAUCCCUUCUCGGCGGUGCAGGCGUUCGCCGUUGCCUUGGCCAACGUGACUCAGCGGCUGAAGUGAAAAGUGUAUUUUUACUUUUGAACGUCCUCCAUUUUCUUCUUUUGUGCGCCAAACUUCCUUUUCUGUCCUUUUUGUCGUCAUUAGAAAAAGCACUUUGACAUUGAAAAAGCCUCCCUGAAUAAGCUACAUUUACAAUAGGGGUUUAAAUACGUACUCAAGUAGGGGUUUGAAUACGUACUAAAGUAGCGGUUUGAAUACGUACUAAAGUAGGCGUUUGAAUACGUACUAAAGUA